UGAUCAACGACAAUGUGGUGAUUAGGUUGGUGUGAACCAUUUUCUUACUUUUGACAUCCUCAAUCACAGGCUCCAAAAAUUUCAAAGGCCUCUACCAACUUAUCCACUAUUGACUUCCAGCCUCCAUUGGAAUAUAACUAAAACAUAAGUAUUCUGUUAAUAAGGAGUGUUGCAUUGGUUCUCACCAUCCUUCUCCUUGUUAGGGCACUUGCAUAUCAAUUUUCCGUGGAAGUUGUAUACAUGGGCAUUCAGGAACUUGCCAUUUCUACCCUUAGCAAACCUGCCACAAUGGCCAUAUUUCUCAUUGUGGUUCUUUCAACAACUCCUAUGACAGAAGGAGCCAUUGCAGAAUGGUGUGUAGCAGAUCCACAGGCACCCUCCAAUCUAUUGCAGGGUGCUUUGGAUUGGGCUUGUAGAGAAAAUGGAACAGACUGCACUACAAUUCAAUGGAAUCACACCUGCUAUCUGCCUAACACACUACUGUCACAUGCCUCCUAUGCUUUCAACAGUUACCGGCAGAACAUUAAGCACAAUGGAGGUUCCUGCUUUUUCAACUCUGCAGCAUUUGUCAUUGAAACCGACCCAAGCUAUGAUGCAUGCCAUUUUGUGUAUGUUCCUUAAGGCCUAAGGAAAUAUUUUUUGAGUACAGAUUGCAGAGGUAUUUGGCUUAGAUGGAUCAUGAAAUAAUUUGUUAAAGCAGUAGAUUAUAGAUACCGGAUUUCUUAAACAACAAUUAGUAGAGGGGAUUUAAUGUUGCUUUUCGUUUGCUAUUUUGUUGGAAGCAACUGAAUGCAAAAGUUCAUGCUCUUUCUGUGGAAAACCGUUGCAACAGGAAUAAAAAAAUAGAGUUCGCCAAUUUCUUGUGUGGCGUUUCUUGCCUAUGUGCUUUUUAGGAAAAAGUUACUUUGCAUUCAUAAACUUUGUAACUCGCUCACGAAAGAAACAAAAACUGUUGAUAUGUAAGAAGCUAUCCUAGAUUUUACCGCUGUC